CUUUUCCUUGUUCCUUUGUAUUCGAGUCGCUCUUUGACAGGCGACUUGAUUUCGUUGUCGCAUCUCGCUGGACGCCAACCCACCCUCUCUUUAUUAUUAUAAUUUACAGACCCCCGAUAUCAUUUACCAUGUGCUUCAAGGUGGUAGAGCGGUUCUCAGUCUGUGGUUGCCUUUAUUUUCAACACGCGGUUGACCCGUGUGAAGCGUAUGGCCAACGAGGCCAUGUAGUGCAGGAGAAGGUUGUUCUCGUCGGAUAUGCAUGCGAAAAGCAUGCCGCACGACGGGGCGGAUCUACACCUAGAGGCUGCAAUUGGCCCGAUUCUGGCUAUUCCAGCAAGGGUUUUUGACGUCGAUAAGAUAUGUCAAUUGCAAUUCCCUACGUACGCUAUACUUUGACUCGUCUGUGAUGUGUCAAUCUUGUGGGCAAUUGCAAUUGGAGUCAUCCUAAAAACAUACGCGACCUAUUAUUUUUUUUUUCUACCGACGACGACUCGAUUCCCCGGGCCUUUAUUCAACACAUGCGUCCUCUUUCCUCCCUACAUUCUACUACUUCA